AUGAGGGAGAUUCUGGAGAAGAGAAGGAGAAAGAAGAAAAUAAUAGUGAAGAAGAGGGUAGUUCUGAGUGAGGUUGAGGAUCAAGAAAAAGCAAGUGAGAGCGAAGGGGUGGAUGAAGAAAGUGAGGAAGAGAGUGAGAAUAUGAACGAGGAAUUUGAAUGCUCUAUAACCAUUGAGAACACUGUCAUAGCCCCUUCAGAAGAAGCAGGUGGAAAGAAAAGGACUCAAGAGCCUAGGCCCUUGUUAUCUCCUUUCACUGGAGAGGAAGAGGUUAGCAGUGAUGAAGAUGACAUGCCAUUGUCUGGGAUAGGGAAGAAACCCAAGAAGAAUCCUGUGAAAGCAAUAAAGUCUGCAAUCCCAACAAGGAAAGAAGUGGCUCCUUCUGCCAGAACUUCUCUUACAAGGAGUAAAAGAAAGGCUGUUGAUGAACAAAUCAUUAAGGAGUCAAGAGGUGCCAAGAAGCCAAGGAAGAAAGUUUCAAUUAUGGAACCUCUGGUUGAGUCGGAUGGAGAAGAUGAGUCUGAGUCCGCUUUGCCAGAAAGUCCUCUACACAAAAGAGAAAGGUUGCCAAAGCUACAAAAACUGCUACCCCAUCUGCAAGGUCCAGUAGAGGAAAGAAGAGAAAGAAUAUGCCAGCUGUAG